AUAUUAGCUUAACUGGACAAAAAUAAAAGCAAACAUCAACUGCACUCAAAAGACACCUCCGUAGUAACAAAUUAAUGUAGAUAUCACGUAAAUAUAUAUUUUGAAAGCAAAAAUCAACUAUAUAAUUCAAGGCGAAGGUAAUGGCUGCGAGCAAUGCAGAGCUGGAUUACGAGUUCCUACCAUAUCUUCGAGUCUACAAAAAUGGCCAUGUUGAGAGACUUUUAGGCAUUGAUUCAGUUCCAGCAGGCCCUGAUUCUCAAACUGGAGUUUCAUCCAAAGAUAUAUCAAACAUUAUUCCUGAUACUGAAGUCUAUGUUCGUAUUUAUGUCCCAAAUAUUUCCAUUCUCGGCAACCAAAAACUACCUCUUGUUAUUUACUUCCAUGGUGGAGGUUUUUGUAUGUUCACUCCAUCUUCAUCCAACUAUCAUAACUACCUCAACACCCUCGUGUCCGAAUCGCGAAUCAUCGCUGUUUCUGUUCAUUACAGAAGACCACCUGAACACCCUCUUCCUAUUGCCUAUGAAGAUUCAUGGCAAGCACUUCAAUGGGUUUUUUCUCAUUGUAAUGGCGAUGGUCAAGAGCCGUGGUUGAAUGAACACGCGAAUUUCGGGCGUGUUUUUCUCUCCGGUGACAGUGCGGGUGCUAACAUUGCUCAUAAUUUAGCAAUGGCUGCUGGAAGUGUUGAGCCAGAGCUUAUGGUUGAUAUUCUUGGUGUUGCUUUAGUCCACCCAUAUUUUUGGGGGUCGGGUUCAAUCGGGUCGGAGGCCUUGUACCCGGAUAAGAAGGCACAUGUGGACCGGUUGUGGUCUUUUGCGUGUCCUUCGAAUCCGGAUAAUGAUGACCCGAGAAUUAACCCGAUGUUAGAAGGUGAACCAAGCUUAACGAGUCUGGGUUGUCGUAGAGUCUUGAUUAGUGUAGCGGAGAAGGAUAUUUUGAAGGAUAGAGGUUGGGCUUACUAUCAAGCAUUGGGUCGGAGCGGAUGGAUGGGUGUGGUUGAGAUCCAAGAAACAGAAGGAGUGGAUCAUGUAUUUCAUUUGAAUAAUUUGCAGUGUCAAAAGUCCAAAGAUUUGAUCAAGAAUUUGGCUCAUUUCUUCAACAGAGAAAGGCCUCAUUUUCUUUAGAUUAAGCAUUAGGCUUUUUCUUGUUAUGGAUUUAUGAUGUAUAAUGCUUUUAGUCAUUCAUGUAAUAUUCUCUAGCUUACUAGAACAAUUUCAAAUUUAUUUUUGUAUUAUA